GGGGGGGGUUGGGGCAGGAGAGCGGUUAUGGCGCGCGGGGCACUGUGGGACGCAGUGCUGGCAACGUGGGGCAGAACGGAAGCCUCGGAGGGUCAGACCGUAGCGACGCGGGAAGUCCGGACGCGGUAGCUGCCUGAAGAAGACGCCUGAGGCUGAAUAAGCUCCGACCCGGCGGCGGCAAUGGCGGAGAGGCCAGAGGACUUAAACCUGCCCAAUGCUGUCAUCACCAGGAUUAUCAAGGAGGCGCUCCCGGACGGUGUCAACAUCUCCAAGGAGGCCCGGAGCGCCAUCUCCCGCGCCGCCAGCGUCUUCGUGCUGUACGCCACAUCCUGUGCCAACAACUUUGCAAUGAAAGGGAAACGCAAGACGCUCAAUGCCAGUGAUGUGCUCUCAGCCAUGGAAGAAAUGGAGUUCCAGCGGUUCAUAACGCCCUUAAAAGAAGCUCUGGAAGCUUAUAGGCGGGAACAAAAAGGUAAGAAGGAAGCUUCAGAGCAAAAGAAGAAGGACAAAGACAAAAAAACAGACUCAGAAGAACAAGACAGGAGCAGGGAUGAGGACAAUGAAGAAGAUGAGGAGAGACUGGAAGAAGAAGAACAAAACGAAGAGGAGGACGUAGACAAUUGAAUAGGGAGGGCAGACCAAGAACUGGAAGCUACCACACUGAAUUAUGGUACCUGUUUAUGCAAAGUUUUUUCCUGCUGGGCAGAGCAGACAAAGUUUGAUCUUUGCCUGAGAAGAUCAGAAUAAAAACUGACUAGAAUUAUCAUCAAAACCAGUGCUUCCCAGACUAAGAGCAUCUGAAUGACAGAAUCCUGUUUUGCUUAAUCAGUCUGAAGUUAUGACUUUUUGGUAAGGGAUUCUGAAUGGUUUAUUAGUCAGAUUAAUAUCUCUUGUUUCCUUACAUUUAUGGCUAGGUAGUUUUUGAUCCCAAGACUCUUUUUGCACCUCCAAAAAAGUAAUAACUUCCAUGCUGCCUGCCAUGUUCCAUAUCACAGAGACAGUGAAGGCUCAGGAAACAUUGGAGUUUUGAUCAUGGUCAGCCUAUUUGUACAGUAUUUGGCAAUAGUGGCUCAUUACGAAUGGUCAGAAUGGUUUAGCUUUAAAAAAAACUACUAAAAGACUGUGGGAGAAUAAUUAACUCAGUUGUCUGACCAUCACUUGACAUUUGCAUUAAUUUGAGUUUCAUUUCCUCUAAUCCCACUUAGCUUUCAGUCCUUUUAGAUUGCUUAUAGACAUACAACCUGUAGGAUGGCUGCACUCUGGUGACAUAUGCUUUUAAAUUAGCAGUAUUGAUUGGAGUUGGUCAAGCAGAGGUGCCAGUGUCUUACUUUUAUAAAACAGAUGGCAUAGUGUUAGAUGUCCCUCACUGUUUACUACUGUACAGCUUUAGGAUUUAUAGUCAUCUCCUGGAAGAUGCAGAACCUAGGCUUUCUUUUCUUAUACUCCAUCUCCCAGACUGUGUCUUUGUCUUUUCAUUCUUUAAUUCAUUGUGAGUUUCAGACUUAAUUUCCUCUAGGCACAGCUUUUUCCCUUUGUGUGUCUCACUUCCUAUUUUUCUCUUAUUCUUCUCUACUUUCCCUCUGUUACUCACUUCAUCCACAAUCUAGGAAUUCUGAUUCCCUGCUUAAUAUCCUGAAGUGCAGGUUUCUCAGGUUCCUUAGUUCUAAUCUCAUAUCUUAAAGUUAUUUUGUGAAGCUUUGAGGGAAAUCUGAUGGUGCUCAUGAAUUAAAUCUCUUACCCCCACCCAAAAAAAUCCCCCUUAACUUCUUUUAAAGUAUCUCUGUUGGCCUUUCUUAGCCUUUUCUCUUUCCAUUCGGUGCUCCAGAGCACUUUUUUGUCUCAGUUGAGAGCUUGGGAUUUGACAAGGGAGUGUGGUAUAUAGUUUAACACCAUUAAUUUGUUAAAUGAAUACAAUGGAAAGUUUAUUGAGAAAUGAGACUGUUUUAAAGGUUAUAAUGGGGGCUGGGGAGAUAGCUCAAUUGGUAGAGUGCUUGCCUUGCAAGCACAAGGCCCUAGGUUCGAUCCCGAGCACCGCAAAACAAAACCAAACCAAAAGGUUAUAAUGCUUUGUACAAAUAAAAAAAUUCUUGCUUAAAGUGAUGACAUACUAGCUAACUGUGGGGGGGUAUGCGCCAAUAGCUUUAGCAUUCAGGAAGCUGAGGUGGGAGAAUCCCUUGAGUCCAGGAGUUCAAGACCAGCCUGAGAAACGCAUUGAGACCCGUUUCAAGAAAAAAAGAGAGUAAAGUCAUGACAUACAUUUGUAGGGUGUGUUUUUGGAGAAGAUCCACUAAUCAUGCCCCAUUAGGUAUUUGAGUUAUGGAUUGGGCCAGACUUUUUGUCAAUGUGGAAUCCUGCAUCACCUUGUAUGACCAGCAGAUGCUGCUCGUUCACAGGCAAGGGUGCUGCAUUUAGUGGCUCUGCUGGGCACCCUGUACAUACUAGAUUCUCAGCAAUGCCGUUUAUUGAGCCCAUCCUGUGUCUGGCAGUGUUCUAAAUGCUCUCAAGUAUUAACUCUUAAAACUCUGGAGCAGCACUGCUGUUAUCUCCAUUAUCUCAACCACAACUCUAUAUAAUAAAGUUUUUCAAAUGAUAAACAUAUAAAUGAUAUUUUACAAAGGUAGAAUCCAGUGGUUACUUGGUUUAGUGGCUUUUUCCUGUUCCACAGUAGAAACAUCCUUUCUUAAUUCCCAUGAGCACUAUUCUAGGCUAAGUCCUCGGGUCCCAUCUGGACUCCUGUGACUUCCUUUGAGCUCAAUUUCCUGCCUCAUCUGCUUCCCCGGUGUUUUGCUUGCCAAGUGGAUCAUUCUGGAACAUGGCUGUAUUACAGUCAUUUCCCACUUACUAUUAAAUUCAAUCUGGGCACAGUGUCAUUCAUCUAAUCCCAGCUGCUCAGGAGGCUGAGAUGAGAGAAUUGCAAGUUCAAGACCUGCCUGGGCAACUUAAGAUGUUUCAAAAAAAGGGUUGGAAAUAUAACUCAGUGGUAGAGCACUUGCCUAGAAAGUUUGGACUUAAGGGUUCAUAAGUCCAUAUUUAACCAGUUGUAAGGAGCUCACCCUACCAUCUAUGCUAAUCUUCAACAUAAAGCUGUAUAUGCUCCAGUCAAAAGUGAAUCCAAAAAAGCUCCCCUAUAUGGUUUUAGUUCAUCCUGCCCCAUUCCCUACCAAACUAACUUUCUGAGAGCAAUGUUUCCUGAAAGAGACUAUGGUUUAAGACUAUAGAAUUUAGGGGCAGGGGUUGUAGC